AUGGAUCACCCCAGCAGGCAGGAGGACGCAGCGCCGGCGGAGGAGCCCCCAGCAGCAGCGGCGGUGGCAGCAGUAGCCAAGCAGACUGUCAGCACACCGCAGGGCAAUGGCCAGGGUGGUAAGGGUGCUGUGGAAGCGUUGCGCCACAUUCAUGACAACCAGAAGUUCGAGUCGGAGGCCCGCGAAAUGGUGAAGGCGCUCCUCGCCGAAAAGGGGGAGGCUCACGUGCAAAACAUGCUCCAAUCUGAGAUUCAAAAAGUUAAGAAAAAAGAGUCUGAGCUCGCUUCUGUCAAGAAAAAGGUGACAGUCACCACGAAGGAGGUGGACGAGUUGCAAAUGGACAUACGACAGGCAGUUGAAACAAAGGCAGAGGCGGAGCGUAUGUGCAAAGUCCUGCAGAGCGCAAUGAAGCGGCGAGCUGAGCUUACCGAAGAGGCCAAAAAAAAGAUGGAGGAGCACCGCCUUAGCGUUCAGUCGAAGGUUGAGAUGAAUGUGAGCGAUAUACGCGCCAAGUACGAUGAACGCAAGCAGCAGGUGCAACAGAUAAUGGAAGAGAAUAGCCGCCUGCGUGAGGAGGUGGCUCAGCAGAAGAAGGAGUUUGAUGAGGCCUACACCUCUUACCAGGAGAGCUGGAAGGAGCGCGAGAGCUAUGUGGGGGAGCUGAUGCGCAGCUAUCAGCAGGUGACAAAAGAGAUGGAGCUGCUGGAUGCACGGCUCGCCCUCGUGCGACGUGAGCGGCAGGUGGCGGAGGAGGGCAAGAAGUUGCUGCAGCGGCAGCUCGAAAUGUACAGCACGCAGCUGAGCGGCUUCUCUGAUAACCACACAAUGGUGGAGGCAGAAAAGGUGGCUGCGCAGCAGCGGGAAGAGGGGGAGGCGAGAAUCGCACAGUUGGAAAUCAGCAAGAAGGAGGCGAAUGAACUCCGCCUGAGAUUUGACAAGGAAGCGGCGGAAUGGCGUGCUGCCUGCGCGGCGGCUAGGCGUGAGUUGCAAAAGACGGAAAAAGCCAAGCUUGCGGCGGAGAAACAGUGUCGCAUGGCUCAAGAGAAGGCACGGCAAAGGGCUUCAGCGUAG